AAGUGGCCGUAUAAAGUUACCCAAAAUGAUUGGCAACCUAGUGCUGAGACUUAUUCACUAUGUGCUUUCCCUUGGGAUAUUUGUUAAACACUGGAUUUUACAUUUCCCUUAUAUUGGCUUCGCUUUCCAACAGAAAGCAUUGACCGGAAGUGUGAGUUAUGGCCUACAAUCACAGAUAGCAGCUGAUGCAAGAUCGUUUCAAAAGUUACCGCAUCAUCUGGGUCUACUAGUCUUGGAGAACGAUGUCUCAUUUUCAGACAUUGCUAACAUAAUUGUGUGGUCAAUUACCCUUGGUAUAUCCUACAUCAGUGUGUUCGACGUCAACGGUGAAUUUAAAAGAAAACAUGAACUUUUAAGAGAAGAGAUAAGCAAAAGUCAGCAGUUCAUAUCAGACACAGAGAAUACCAAACACAAUAUACAUAUACAUUCAAGUUUUACUGAUAGACAAGAUGUUUAUCAAAAUGGUUGUUACAGUGGUAAUAGUGUACAUAUACAGUUGGUGAGUACAGAAGAUGGUCGGCAUGAUUUGGUCAAGACCGCCCGUGAGCUCUGUGUUGAGGUAUUGGAGAAACGAAGAAGGAUAGACGAUAUAUCACCUCAAUCUUUAGAUAAUUUAUUUCAAGAAAUUCAUAAGUUCCCAGAUCCUGACCUGGUGCUGAAGUUUGGUCAGACAGAUUCUUUGUUGGGUUAUCUCCCCUGGCAGAUUAGGCUAACAGAAAUAUUGUGCAUUCCAUCUCAUUUAUCUAUUCGAUACAAGUCAUUCAUCACAGCUCUUCAAAACUUCUCCAGGAUCAACCAGCGUUUUGGCAAGUAGACGGAAGACACAGCAAGAGAUAUCUCUAGACUACAUCUAUAAUCAUUAGAUACGACUGGCAUCAUAUUGAAAAAUUGUAAUCAUUCAUCUCUGUAUACACAUCAUGGCAACCUGUCGUAUGACACUGGGGCGAUUAUCACAGCAUUGUCAUUAGAAACAAGUCCUCUGUAAUUAGUGUUAAUUGUCUUUCAAUCCAGUGAUUUAAAGUAUGAUGUAACUUGUAACCUCCAUGUGCAAGUAUUUGUGGUCAUGUAAUUAGCAAGAAUGGGAGAUUGUAGAAUGAUUUGUGAUGCAUAUUUUAUUUUUUAUGAAGAAAUCAAGUACAUUUUUGUACAAACAUAUAUAUGUUUAAACAUAAACAGAAAUGUGACAUUAUCAGAAAUAUGACAUUAACAGAAAUGUUACAUGAAUAGAAAGGUGACAUUAACAGAAAUGUGCCAUCAGUAGAAGCUUUUUUGUUUUAAAUAAAGCAUUUACAUAAUGUACCAGUGUUAAGAUUUAGUUUUUGAAUUGAAAUCAGUCAACUUUUUUCAUAACAAAGUGUUGAAGUUUUCAGGUGGCUUCAGUUAGUUUAGUAACCUUUAUAAAAUCUAGUUUGAUCAUAAGUUAGUUCACCAUCAUCAGAUGGCCCAUGACUAUUGUGAAUUACAACAUUUUACAUUUGUUUUUGCUAUUUUUUUUUACUCAGAUUUCAUCUGUAAGUUCCCUUUGGUCCCUUGUUGUGCCCCUUUUAUUUUCAAACUGAUACGAAAAAAAUAAUGGCUGACCGGCAGCAAUCUUGAACUUUGUCAAUCAAAUGUUUUUAUCACUCUUUCUUGAGAUGUACUGGAAUCAUUUUUCUCAAAUACUAAAUGUAGCUUCACCCUUAUGUAUAAUUUUGAUAAAGGGAUGGAUCAGAAAAGCUAAAUUGCUGACAAGGGACCAUCUAAGUUUUUCAAGUUUAAUAUAGUUAAGAGCAAACACAGAAGAAAGAGGGGAACAUAUUAUACUUUUAAAGAACAGAUCAAGAUCAAGCAAAGGUGGUCACCAAGAUCUCUGUAUUUUUAAACAAGCUUAGGUUUUAAAUCUUCGUUAAAAAAACAAACAAACUGAGGUAUGUCUCAAGGAAAUUUGAAAUUCAUUCAGAAGAAAUGUUUACAUGUUAGAUGUAGAGGGUCUUGGUUUAGAACAUAUUGUAAUUAGUUGUUAAUGUCAUUUGCUAAUCCACUUUACACAUGUAUUUGACAUUAAUUGAAAUCCAAUUAACUGAUUUCUUGAUAUAAGUUAUCAGUUUUAUGCAUGGUCAAAUAUAUUUCAUUUUUUCCUUUCCUUUUUUAAAUUGUGAACUGGAUUCUAUCUUCUAAUAUUCUCUGCCUGCAUAUGCAAUACCAUUUGGUGAAAAUGGUGACAGCAGGAUAUUCAUAAAAAAAUGGAUGCUAUUUUUUAUUAUAAUGAAAUUGAAAGAGAGAUAAACUUUAAAUUGUAUUUUUGUAGCAUUAUUUGGUGCAGUAUUAUAUUGACAACAAAUAUAUGUUGCAUCAUAGAAAAAAAAUGUUAAGUGUAAAAAUGAAUUAGAGGAACAAGGUCUUGAAUCAUGUUAUUUUUCAUAUUGCAUAUUACAUUGUCUCAAAGGUCUUUUGGAAUAAGUCAUUGAAAGUGUAAGUGAGCAGAUGACACAUUGAUAAUACUAGUCUUUUUCCUCGGUGACUUGGUUAGGUUUCACAGUCAAGCAUGAAUAGGCAUAAAAUCACCUUCUUGAUGUGUUUUUUUCCCCAAGAGUAAAGACCUGGGUACACUCCAAUCAGGGUCAACAAGAGUGAUUGAUAUUUUAAGGUAAUGGCUUGAUCGGUUCACAAUUAUCAUAAACUACAUAAAGUUCAUAGUUUUUGACUCCUCCGAACCCUAAAAGCACUGAACUGUUAACUGUUAAUACGCCCACUCCCUGACUAUGAGUCCAAGUUUAUUUGUUGGUGCCCUGGUGAUUUUUAACAGUUGAUAUGGUAGUCAGGCUACAUAUAGCUAUUAUACAUGUACUAGGUAUUUGUUUGAAUUGAAAUAGAAACAGUUAAUUUCUUCCCUAAAUGAUGGCUUUACUUUUCAGUUUUUUUUUCAGAUAUUUUUAUCUUAUAUUAAACAAGUCAUUAAGAAAAUAAAAAAAAUACUAUGAAUCAUUACAUCUUUAAUGGAUAUCAACAAGUUUGUAGAGAAAAAAUUAAACAAUUGCCAAUACUUGUUUAAACUGUUAUAUAUACCUCUGAAAGGAUGUUGAAUUUUAGUCCGCUUUAAUUCAAGUUAUGAACAAAUUAAUCAUUAACCAGUUUCAUUGUAGAUGUGAAGCACAUUUAGUAGAAAUGUCAUCAGUUACACACUAAUAUUCAGUUUCUUAAGUCAUUGUUUGUCAGAUAUUUUCACAAAGAUUUCAGGUUUUUUGUGUGAUUUUAGUUUUUCAACAUUAAAAGUAGAUGCUUUAUUAUUUUGCACAAUAUGUUUCAAAACCUCAGCUUCUCCUAUAAAAUACAGUUAUCUCCCUUGUCAGUGGAUUUAUUUCCUUUUUUUAUUUUUGAUACAAUCGUAUAUAAAUACUUUGCUUUAACAUGAUCAUGUCCACAUAAUCAUCAGCUUUUUUGACUUGACCAUGAGAAAUAAAGAAACUUUUGAUAAAAAACAAAUAUCAUUAUUUACCUCAUUUUGAGUUUCAACAGAAACAUGUUUUAGAUCUGAUUUCUACAGAGAGAAUACUAUGGAUUAAGAAGUGAUUACUACCACAAGUGUUUUUUUUAUCCUUGUUGCCUUCCAUAAAUAGGCAAAGAUAUCAGACUGGCAGUAACAAUAAGCUCAUACCAGUAGUGUUACAGUGCAUGACCUCAAAUUAUUUGGAUGGAAGUCAACAAAAUUAGCAUAGCCACAAUUUGUCUCUAAAACCUUGCAAUACUAACAUCAUUACAUAUAAAACCCUGCUAUACUGUCACCAGUAUACAGUAAUUUUUUGUUAUGCUUACAUAAUUUGUCAGUAAAACCUUGUUAUACUGCCGCUGUUUGUCAUUAAAACUUUGUUAUACUGCUAUCAUUACACAUUUAAACGUUGUAGAUACUGUUACCAUUAUAAGUAAAACCUUGUUAUACUGUCACCAUUAUACAGUAAAGCCUUGUUAUACUGUCACUAUUAUACAGUAAAGCCUUGUUAUACUGUCACAAUUACACAGUAAAACCUUGUUAUACUGUCACCAUUGUACAGUAAAACCUUGUUAUACUGCCAUCAUUUAUCAGUAAAAGCUUGUUACACUGUCAUUGUUUGUCAAUUAAACCUUGUUAUCUCAAAGUUAAGCCACUUUUGAAAUUGUCUUUUAAUGCUGUUUCAGUACUGGGUUGAUAUGUAUGAAGUAAAUAGAUGUGAAAAUUUGACAUUGGUAAUUUGAUGUUAGCAACUUGCAAAGUAGUUAAGAAAUUGAUGGCAUUAUGUCAAGAUUUUGCUGUCACAUACUGCUUGGUAGGCUCCUAUACAGACAAGAUAUGCUGAUACAAUUUGUUGAUGAUGUACCCAUAGUCCAAUACCUGUAAUAAUGUUUGACACAUUGAUACAAAUUGUUUGUUGUAUCUUUAUUGAAGUACAUUUCAAAUAAACUGAAGUAGAUACACACCAUCUACUAUUUUCAUAGGUUGGUUAUAGUAAAGAGUUCUGUCAAAAUAAAUUCACAAUUUUUUAUUUAAUAAGAAGAUCAGUACCAGGAUAUGCAUGUAUGAUCUGAGAUAUAUGGGUCCUUGUCUCUUGGAUAAAUAUACCUGUCUUUACCUACUGUCCUCCUGUUGUUGUACAGUCACAUGAGCAUGGUAUAGAAGAGUUGGAGCCAAGGAAUACAUCAAACUCUUCAAAGGUUUCAGCCCAGUUCAUGCAUACUCUGUUUUUAUUACUUGGGAUUUUUUUUUUUUUUUUUUGUACUUCAUUCAAAAAAGUUUAAACAAAACAAAGUUUAUUUUUUUGUAAAAGCUGUGAUCAGAACUCGGACUGAAAUCAGCAUCAAAGUUUGUGACCAGACGAGAUUUUUCCUCAAAAAAAUUUUUUUAUUAUCAAUUUUUAUUUUUUCGUAUUCAUUUCAUUUUUCAUUUUUUGUUCCAUACCAGAACAGAACCCUAGAAAAAAAAGCAAAAAGGCAUAGUGCAGUAUAUAUACUAUUAUAAAGGAUACUUGUUUUUAAACUCACCAUUUGCUCCCUGAUGUAUGUGGUACUACCGUGUUUAGUGUAUUUUGUAUUUGUAUUAGUAAUGCUGAAAUUAAACAAGGCUUUUGUUUAGGUGUCAAUAGUGACAGAAUGAAUGUAAUUAGUAAGCAUGUAUCAUGUACAUGUAGUGGUUUAUAAGAAAUGGGCUAGGUGACAGAGGUCAGUGGAAGGGGGAAAACUCCAAUUAAUUAAGGGAAUAUUGUUUGAUUAAGGUUUUCUUAUGAUCAGAGGUCAGCGGAAGGGGGGACAACUCCAUUUAAUUAAGGGAAUAUUGUUUGAUGAAGGUUUUCUUUUGAUCACCUGUCCUCUCAUUGGUUUGAAAUUUUAUUCCAAAUCAUACCGUUAUGUUUUAGGAAGUAGCAUAUAGGCAUACCUUCAAAGUAAUAUGCUAUUAUUUGAAGGGAUACCUGAAAAUUUUACUUAUCUCUUAGAUAUUCAGGUAGGAAAUUUACUGAUAGUUCAGAUAAGAAAUUUAAGAGGAAUAAGAGAUUUAUCAGUGGUGGUGGGUGAAAUGGCCAUGAUUCGGUUGAUUUUGACCCUUAAAGUCUUACAAAUGCUCAUUAACUUAGACUUCUGUAUAAACCAUGAAUGUAUUUAGUGGGUGAAGGCGCUGUAAGUUAGAGCUAUGUAAGUUCGUAUAGAAGACUUCUUGGGAUAUUUUAAAUCAUGCAUCUUCGUGGGACUCAGUUUUUGUGGUUUUUCGAAAAAAGAACAAAGCAAAAAUAAAAAACAAAAGCAAAAAAAUCAAUAUUUGGCCAACUCUUAAUUUAAUGCCUAAAGACAGAUUAAUAAAUUCACUUAUACUAAUUUCAGUAGUUGUAAACAUAUAAAUUUAUGGAUUAUGUUGCAACAAAAAAUCAACUCCCACGAAUAUUAAUGAUUUCACAGUAUGUAAGUAAAUGUAUAUUGUAUGUGAUAUGGAGGUUAAUGAUGAAUAUGUAUUGUAAUUGUAGAAAGGAGGUAAAUUCAUUGGAUAACUAUUUAUAUAUACACAUAUAUUGCUGCAGGUCUCAUUAUUUUGUAAUAAAGAAAA